ACGCCACUUCCGGCAAGAGGGAGCCAUACUCUUUUGUAGCCAUCCUCCCGUCUAUUUGUGCUCUGCUCACAAGCCAAGCCCAAGCAGCAGCAGACACGCGAAAGCAAACUCACAAGGAGCGAAGAAGAAACCCAGCUAGGAGCGUCUGGUGCAUUGGAGCAGGAGACCAAUGGCGGGCCUCGGGUUCGAGGAGACGGAGCUCCGGCUCGGCCUGCCAGGCGGCGGCAACGAGGCCGAGGAGGCGGCCGCCGCGGUGAGGAGCUCCGGCAAGAGGGGCUACGCCGAGACCAUCGACCUCGUGCUGAAGCUGGAGCCUGCGUCGGCGGCCGCGCCGCCGUCUGGGGACGACGAGGAAGUGGCCGACGGUGUCGCGGAGGCGCAGCCGCCGUCUCCGGCUGCUGUCGACGGGCAGUUGAAGCGGUCGCCGAGCCAGAGCAGCGUGGUCACCACCGCGCAGCCGGACGCGGACCCCGAGAAGCCGCGCGCGCCCAAGGCGCAGGCGGUGGGGUGGCCGCCGGUGCGGUCGUUCCGGAGGAACAUGCUGGCGGCGGCGCUGGUGAAGGUGAGCAUGGACGGCGCGCCCUACCUGCGCAAGGUGGACAUGGGCACCUACAAGAGCUACCAGGAGCUGUCCAAGGCCCUGGAGAAGAUGUUCAGCUCCUUCACCAUCGGCAACACUCCGACUCAGGGGAUGACGGGCAUGAACGAGAGCAAGCUGGUGGACCUGCUCAGCGGCUCCGACUACGUGCCCACCUACCAGGACAAGGACGGCGACUGGAUGCUCGUCGGCGACGUCCCCUGGGAGAUGUUCGUCGCGUCGUGCAAGCGCCUCCGGAUAAUGAAAGGAUCAGAAGCCAUCGGCCUCGCGCCAAGGGCAAUGGAGAAAUGCAAGAGCAGGAGCUGAUCGACGUAGUGUCCAUUCCAAGAUUACGACUCUGCUUGCCCCCACUCUGUACCAUAAUAUACUACUGCUACUUCGCUACGAUCCGGUCAAAGUUCCGUUAUCGCCUCGAUUAGUUCACUACUAUCUGCAUAAGUACGUAUGUUCCAACUUGUUGUCAUUUAUACAAUGUAGUAUAGUAUGUAUACGUGAGAAAGAUGUCAUCGGCAUGUCACUGUUUACGCACUACAGUAGUCAAUAUAUGCCUUGUCAUUUCCGUUUA